AUGACAAUUGCAUCAUAUUCAAGCUCAGGAAUACCGACACCCACAUCCGGCACCAAUAAUAAAUCAUACACCAAGAUCCUCAACGAUAACCUUUCGAUCUCAUUAACAUAUCGAAAUUCCGAUCCUGAUCAUCCCAACCAUCAACGUGAAUGUCAAUUAUCAUUUCAUAAUACAUCCAAGACAAGGAUUGUAAUUAAUCCUCAUGAAGAUCAUGAGAAUGGUGAACAUAAGUCAGAUACGGGGGCAGAUCAGUCUGGUGGUGGAUGGUUUGGUGGGAUUUUUCGUCGACAACAACAACAACAACAAGAAUUGAAAAAUGAUGAUGAUGAUCAGACGUUGAAGAUAUUCUUGGGAUAUGUGCAAUUAUUCGGCUAUAUUGUACUCAACUAUCGAUUCAGUAUGGAUUCAACCACAUAUGAAUUCAACAAACGUGCCAGUGCAGGGGGCGGGUCAGAAUGGUGGAAUAAUGUCGACUAUCUAACCCAAUAUCUCCAUACUGAUUUCGAACAUGACGAAAAUGUAAACUUGGACCAGGCACCAUUCCUAGCAGCACCUAGAUUAAUAAUCGGGGGAAAAUUGGCCGGAGUUGGGAAUUUAAUAAUUGAUACUAAACAGAAUAAAGACGUCUAUGUUGAUUCAGAAGAAGAUGGAUCUUUAUUACAUGAUUUAAUCUACCCUUUUAAUUCAAAACUCCCACCUCGAUCAACAUCCACCAUCACGGGUGGUGGUAAUCAUUCCCAAUUAUCAUUAAAAGAAUUAACCGAUUCUAUAGUCCCCAUUUAUACAACUCCCCAAUUGUUAUUAUUCACCGAUUUGAAGAUCGAGCCCGAAACAACCCAAACUUUCCAUUUCAAGUUCCCCGUCAAGGAUUCAUUACCACCGAGUUAUAAUACCCGCCUGACAGGGCCCGGGUGUGAUCAAGGAUGGUGUAGUAUUCGAUAUUCGUUGAUUGUUAGUAUUCAUGACCAACAACCCCAUUCUAAGAAAUUACUGAAACGAUCAGUUUAUUUCCCGAUGAAUGUUGAUCCUGGGAGGGUGGGGAUGAGUGGGAGAUAUAUCCAGAGGAAAUUUCUCCAGGAUCCGAUUAGGUUAGAUAAUGAUUGGAAGAUUGAACAAGUGGACCCUAACACCACGACUACCAAUAAAAUGCAUACCAGUGCCAGUAUGAUUGAAUAUAAGGAAGACCCAAAUAGUGAAACCCGAUCAGCAUUUCUUCAAGACUUGACGGCAUUAAUAGAUUCGUCUCUUUAUAAUAUGCCAAAAAUGUCAACAUCAGAACGAAAGAAAAGUAUAGUUGAAACCAAUGAAGAAGAACGUGAACAACAAUCAUAUCUCGAUUCAGAAGAUUUUAUACCACAAUUACCCGAGCAUUUAAAGACUCAAUAUCAAUUAAGGAUAAAUAAGAAUCAUGAAUUAUGUAUGAUAAGUCUAAACAGACCCUAUUUCCAUAUUGGCGAGGAUAUUCAUUAUAUUGUCGAUAUCAAAAGUGGUGGUGGGAAUAGGGGGAAUAAUAAUACUCGGGUGAUUGGGUUGAUUACAUAUUUGGAAGCGAAUGAGAUCUAUCAUUGUCAAGAGGGGAAGGAGUUGAGGAAUGUGUAUAGGGUGACGGGGAAUAUGAAGGUGAAUACAUUUGCAUCGGCUAUGAUUGAUUCGUGUAUGGAGCAUGAUGAGAAGGAUGGAGGGAAGAAAGGGAAUAGUUGUUGUUUGGUGAAUGAUCAUAAACAUAUUCCGAGAUCUUUGACUCCACAAUUUCAGAGUUCAUUUAUGGAUUUGAAGUAUUUUUUGGUGUUUCAAUUUAAUUUGAGUGAGUUUGGUGAUGGGGAGAAUGGGGAGAAGAAGGCGGGAAAAGAAGGAGAGGAAACGAAUGGAACAGAUGGGGGAAUUAGUGAGGGUGAUGGGGUGGAUAAAGAACAUUUACUUCAAGAUAAUGAGAAGUUGACUAUGGAUUUAUUAUUUGAAACUAAUAGAAGAUAUAAAUUUGAUGCAAUUGGUUCGGGGAAUAAAUUCAAAGUUCCAAUUUACAUUUUACCAUAG